ACCAUUCGAACCCCAAUCCCCCCCCCAUCCACCGUCACAAUGGCUGUAGCACGCAGCGCAGCACUCAAACUCGACUGGACCAAGGUCGCCAGCUCCCUCGGUCUCCGGGGCGGCACGGCCACUUCGCUCCAGGCCUUCAAGAAACGCAACGAUGAUGCCCGCCGCAAGGUGCAGACCCUCUCCGAGGCGCCCCAGACUAUCGACUUUGAGCAUUACCGCUCCGUCCUGAAGAACAAGGCCAUCGUGGACGAGAUCGAGAAGCAGUUCAAGUCUUUCAAGCCCCAGACAUACGAUGUCAACCGCCAAUUGAAGGCCAUCGAGGCCUUUGAGGCCCAGGCCGUUACUAGCGCCGAGGCCACCAAGGGCAAGGUUGAAGAGGAAUUGAAGUAUUUGGAGAAGACCUUGGAGAACAUUGAGACUGCUAGACCAUGGGAGGAUCUCACUGUGGACGACGUUGUCACUGCUCAACCUGAGAUUGAGAAGAAGACCGCUGAGUUGGUGAAGAGGGGUAUCUGGAUGCCACCAGGCUACAAGGAGAAAUAUGGCGAUCUCUCCUUCCUUUAAACGACUGGUACGCCUUUAUUGGGUCAAGCGUUCAUUCCGACUGUGUAAAAAUGUCAAUAUACGAGAUAAGCAGAAUCUUCGGCCCGUCGUUUACUCCAGAGAGAUUAGGUCCCUGGAACUGUAUAGAAUAAAUUCUUUUUGAAUUAGAAGUUUGUUUCUUUUUCUAUACUCCUAAACGGGCAAAGCGUGCCCGAUUGCUGAAGGGUCCUAUGAUCCUUGAAUGGACUUCGUGCUAUUUAGCGACAUGUGGAAUCAUAGUUGAGACUCAAAAACUGACAGGGUGGCAGUCAUUGUA